ACCAGUUUCACACGGAUGCCACGGCAUCUAGUUUGACAAAUUGUUUUAUAAUGCAUGCGUAAUCAAUUAUUCUGACGUGACGUUGAACUUAUCACCGACGUCGCCGCAAUCAGCGCGCCGCAACAAGCCCCGCUUUUGCCGCAUAACCUCUUCUCAGACUAUAAAGCUUAUGCUUCAUCUCCUCAAUUACAUGUCAGUACCUCCAUAACUUCAUAUCGGAUCCCUUUAAUCGACAAUAUGGCUGAACAAAGACCCCCUUUCCCUCCUUACAACAGAGAGACUGCUCACGCAAAAGUCAAAGCGGCUCAAGAUGGAUGGAACACCCAAGAUCCAUCAAAGGUCAAGAUGGCUUACACGCCUGAUUCCAUCUGGCGCAACCGAGAUACCUUCAUCAAAGGCCGUGACCAAAUCGAGGGCUUUUUGACCGAUAAGUGGAACCGAGAACACGAGUAUAAAUUGCGCAAGGAGCUCUUCGCUUUUGAUAACGAUAAGAUCGCUGUGCAGUUUUGGUAUGAAUUUCGCGAUGAUGAUGGUCAGUGGUGGCGAUGCUAUGGGCUUGAGGAUUGGACUUUUGAUGAGAAUGGUUUGAUGAAGAAGAGGCAAAUGAGCGGAAAUAAUGUCAAGAUCAGCCAGGAAGAGCGCUGGUUCAAGGACGGCGUUGAUGUAAACACUGUCGACAUUGGACCAGAGCACUGGUAAUGGCUCUUCUGAUUCUCCGCUCACAGGCCCUGCAGUUCUCGCCAGUUGAGGGAUAAACUAUAAUAGAAAUCUCCAAUCCAUUUCUUCUUCGCUUAUUUCCAAAAAUGAGUCUACUCUGAAUUUCAUUUCUUGCAUAGCAUGCAUCACCACUGCGAUAGAGUCAAGUUUAUCGUAGCUUGAGAAGAGAGUCAUUUACA